CUUGCACCCUCCCAAUUAGCGUUCUUCGAAAGCAUUCUUCACCCUCCCUCCUUCUCUCUCUCUCUUUAUCCUCUCUCAUCGUUUCUCUCCCUUCCUUUUUCUGGUUCCAGAUCCCUUAAGGGAUCCACAAGCUGAAGGAGAAAUGGGGCUCACAUUCACUAAGCUUUUCAGUCGGCUUUUUGCCAAGAAGGAAAUGCGAAUUCUGAUGGUUGGUCUUGAUGCAGCUGGUAAGACCACCAUCCUCUACAAGCUCAAGCUUGGAGAGAUCGUUACCACAAUUCCUACCAUUGGGUUCAAUGUGGAGACUGUGGAGUACAAGAACAUUAGCUUCACUGUUUGGGAUGUAGGUGGCCAAGACAAGAUUCGUCCCUUGUGGAGGCACUACUUCCAGAACACACAAGGUCUUAUAUUUGUUGUUGACAGCAAUGACAGAGACAGAGUUGUUGAGGCCAGAGAUGAGUUGCACAGGAUGUUGAAUGAGGAUGAACUGAGAGAUGCAGUAUUGCUUGUAUUUGCUAACAAGCAAGAUCUUCCGAAUGCAAUGAAUGCUGCCGAAAUUACUGACAAGCUGGGUCUCCACUCUCUCAGACAGCGCCACUGGUACAUCCAGAGCACCUGUGCAACCUCUGGGGAGGGUCUUUAUGAGGGUUUGGACUGGCUUUCCAACAACAUAGCCAACAAGGCUUAAUGCUUGUUGGGAGUCUUCUUCUGAACCGGUGAUUCUGGAUGCAGGGGUGAAUAUUAUCUAGUUUGCGUUUUUGGUCGUCUUCCGAGACAAAUUGGAUUUGUGUUCAUGUUUUUGUGGUUUAGGACAUCUUGAUCGCUAAAAUUAUAGUAGGAAUUUGUUUCAUGGGAUGUCGAAUACUUUUGACCUUUCUAUUGGGUUUGGAUUCAAUGUUUAUAAAUGUAAUGGAUAACAAAGCAAUUCAAUGCGCCAUCCCAUUCUGAGUUUUAUAGUUUA